AUGAUUCCAUUUACAGGAACCCUGGCCUUCAGCCAUGGCACCCAAGCCUCUCCUGAGUGGAAAAGGCGCAUGGAAGAGCAUGAACCGGCCGAGGAGGGUGCCCUCUGCGAGAUCAUGACACUCUACAACCACUCCACGUCCAGACGUGACGCCAAAUGGUCCGAGUUCGAAGACUUGGCCGCCGAGGAGGAACGCCUCGCAGAACUGGGAAGGAAGUUUGCCGUCAUCCAUCGCCGCUCCAGGGUCGAAACUGACGGGCACCUGAGUUGGGUCACGCACUCCGUCGAGGCCCAGAGCCCACGACUACGGAGCCUUCUCGACGCCGUCUUCAGCGACUAUCCGUCCUGGUACCCUGACGCAACGCCGUACGCCAUCGCUCCUCCGUUCAAGCCGUACGUCCACCGAUGGGACAGAAUCAUGGAGCUCUGCGACCAGGCAGAUUCCGAUGAGCUACAGCUCCUGCGACGCGAACUGGAGCAACCCAUCGGCUCCUACCUGUCUGCGCUAGACAGUGCCCGGAAGACAGGGACCGUCUCGUUCCGCAAUCUCUGGCUCAUCCUGGCACCGGGGUCUCUCGUGGUGUCUCAAAAGAGCGGCAGUCCCUGCGUGUCGACUCUGGCGAGGGUCGGCUUCGUGCCCGCCACCAGGGCCUGCCCGGCAUAUUGGGCUCUGACACUGGUUCACGUUGACUGGAACGGAGAGUCCUGUGGGCUGGGCAGCCAAGCACAAAACAUCCUCGAGUACGAAGACUCCAUCCUCGUCACAAAACUCGACAUCAUCCCCCUUGAGUUUGCGCCGGAUCGAAAGGGGCUCCAAGCGAAGCUCCUGGCGAGAGGAAGGAAGUUUGAAGCCCUCCGGGGCUUCCACACCAGGGCCUACACGGGAAAGAAAUACGUUUCCGGUCGCAUCAUCGUUGACGCUCAUGCAUACCAUCAAGUGCAGCAGACGGUGGCCCCGAAACUGGCUCCCCUUGACUCUCUGACGAGUCCUGGAAGCCUCUCAUCACAAAUGCUCAGCGCAAUUUCAGCGGACAAUGGCCGUCCCCCGAGCUCCUCCGGAUCCGGCUCUUCUGGAUCCGUCUCCUCCGGGUCCAUCUCCUCCGGGUCCGACUCCUCCGGGCCCGAAACCAAAGUCUUAGUGUAUCCCAGACUCAUCAAGGGCUUUGAUCUGCGAGCGAAGGAAUGGUGUGAGUUCGACGUCGACGACAUGGAACCCGUCGAGUGGGACACCUCGCCCUACGACAACCUCGUGCUUCCAGAGGGCGAGAAGGACCUCAUUGCGGCCUUUGCGGAUCGCCGCGGGCUCAGCACGCAGGGCUUUGACGAUUUCAUCGCCCACAAGGGAAAGGGCAUCAUCAUUCUCCUUUGCGGUCCUCCGGGCGUCGGCAAAACCCUGACAGCUGAAGCAGUGGCGGAAAAGUCUCGCGUGCCGCUGUACGUCCUGAGCGCCGGGGAUCUUGGCACGGCCCCCGAGAAGGUCGAGGCCGGCCUUGCGGAAGCAUUCGAGUGCUGCCGACUGUGGGACGCGGUCCUCCUGCUCGACGAGGCCGACGUCUACCUCGAGAAAAGAGACGCCAGCAGUCUCCGCCGGAACGAGCUCGUGUCCAUCUUCCUUCGCCAGCUCGAGUACUACCGUGGCCUCAUGUUCCUGACGACGAACCGCGUCGCGGCCAUUGAUCCGGCCUUCAAGUCCCGGCUUGACCUCGUCCUUCCGUAUCAUGACCUCGAUGAGUCGUGUCGCCGAAAGGUCUGGGUCAAUUUCGUCCAGCGGCUGGGGCCGGAUGUGGCUUCUCUUGCCGACGGCGACUUUGACCAACUGGCAAAGACGCGGCUGAACGGGAGAGAGAUCAAGAACUCGAUCAAGACAGCCCUUGUUCUGGCCAACUAUGAUAAGCCACUCAGACUCGGGCACCUCACGACCGUCUUGAACAUUCGCAAGCGUGUGGCGACCUUGGAAGAGGCCUGA